GCAGUGAGCAGACCAGCGAACGACAACGAGCUCCUUCGCCACUCGAUCAAUGACUCCAGUUCCUGCUCCAGCUCAGCCAACAACAACAACAACAGCAACCUCAACUCCCGACUCCAGCCGACUGUGACCACCCGUGCUAGUGUGUAUGUGUGUACAAGAUGGCGGGCCGAACGCUACCCCUAGUGCUGGUACUGGUGAUGGUGGGUUUAUGGGACCGGGGACAAGUGAUGGGGCAGGGUGGUGGCCACCACUGCGUCAUGUACGACAUCUGCCGGAACGGGCCGAUCCACAGCCAGAACUGCCCGACGAGUGAACCCCCGCGGCCCCUGCAGGAUCCGGUCGCGAUGGAGGUGCUGCGGCGUCGGUGUGGGUUCCUCUUCCCGGCCGACGACACCCCGGUCUGCUGUGCCGCCUCGCAGGUGUACGAGAUGGACCGAAACUUCCAGCAGGCCGAAGGUCUGUUUAGCCGCUGUACCACCUGCCUCACCAACAUGCUGUACAGUAUCUGCUCGCUGGCCUGCCACCCGGAGCAGAGCCGCUUCAUGGCGGCGUACCCGGAUCCGACCGGGACGUACGUCGAGCGGGUCGAGUACCGGAUCGAGCGCCAGUACGUGGAGGACACGUACGAGUCGUGCCGGGGCAUCGUGCUCCCAUCGAGCGGCAAGUACGCGAUGGACGUCGGUUGUGGGUUCUGGGAGGCGGCCGGCUGUACCGCCGAACGGUGGUUCGAGUAUAUGGGCGCGGCCGACAACGAUUUUGUCCCGUUCGAGAUCAACUACCUGUACGAGGAGGAUCCGGAGCGGCGGUUCAACCAGGCGGUGAAACCGUGCAGCGAAGCGUACGACGGUUCGUACGCCUGUUCCUGUGUGGACUGUGAAGCGAGCUGCCCGACUGCGACCGCCGGUGGACCACCGGGCAACGCCGCGGACGACUUUACCGUCGGUGAGCUGAACGGUGUCACGUUUACCGUGGCCGUUGUCGUCGGUGGUGCCGGGCUGGUCGGGCUCGCUUUCUCGCUAGUGUGGCAGCGGCGCAGGCGGCGUGACGGGAACGCCAGCACACCAGCAGCCCCACGCCCCGACGUACCACAGUUCCUCGGUGGGCUGCCAGCCGUGAACCGGGCGCUUACGUCGUUCUUCACACGCUGGGGCACCUUCUGUGCCCGGCAUCCGGCACUGGUGCUGGCGAUCUGCUCGUGGGUGAUCGGUGGCCUAGCGUUCGGUAUCCAGUAUCUCAUCAUCACCACCGAUCCGGUGGAGCUGUGGGCCGCCCCGGACAGCCGGUCGCGCCAGGAGAAGGACUACUUCGACUCCCGCUUUUCCCCCUUCUACCGCACCGAGCAGAUCUUCAUCAAACCGUACAAACAGGAAUACAUUGUACAUCCGACUGCCCGCGGUAACCUCACGUUCGGGCCCGCCUACGACCGGGAGUUUCUGCUCGAGGUGUUCCGGCUGCAGGAAACGAUCGAACAGCUGGGCCAGGAGGAGGGCGAAGGGCUAGAGCGGAUCUGUUACGCCCCGAUGACACCGGUCGGUGCGGUGACACCACUGCGCGACUGCACCGUCCAGAGCGUUUACGGUUACUUCAAGAACAGUCUCGCCGCGUUCAACUCCGUCGGUACGGAUGCCGAGGGUUUCACCGUCAACUACCUGGACAAGAUAAACGGGUGCACCCGGAACGCCUACCUACCGUCCUGCUUCGGUACGUACGGUGGCCCGAUCGAGCCCGGUGUCGCCCUCGGUGGUUUCCCGCCGGUCACCGAACCGGGCGCCCAGCCCGACUUCCGCCUGGCGACGGCCAUCAUCCUGACGUUUCUCGUCGAGAACAAGGCGGACAAGGGGGAGCUCGGCCCGGCGGAACGGUGGGAACGCCGGUUCGUCGACUAUCUGCGCGACUACGACAACCCCCUGAUGGACAUCGCGUACUCGGCCGAACGUUCGAUCGAGGACGGUAUCGAUGAGAUGUCGGAAGCGGAACUGUACACCGUCGUCAUCAGCUACGUCGUGAUGUUCGUCUACAUCACGAUCUCGCUCGGGCGGAUCCGUGGGUUCCGUCACUUUCUGCACGGUUCCCGGAUCGUGCUGGCGCUCGGUGGGAUCGUCGUCGUCCUCGCGUCCGUCGCCUGCAGCCUCGGGCUGUUCGGUUACCUCGAGCUGGCGACCACAAUGCUAACGAUCGAGGUGAUCCCAUUUCUCGUCCUAGCCGUCGGUGUGGACAACGUGUUUAUGCUGGUGCACGCGUUUAACCGGGUAGACCGGACGAUGCGGCCGGAUACGGCGGAAGCCAUCGGGACGGCACUCGGUGAGAUUGGACCGUCCAUUCUGCUGACGUCGGCCAGCGAGUGUUGCUGCUUUGCGAUCGGUGCCCUCUCGCCGAUGCCGGCCGUCAACACGUUCGCCUGGUACGCCACCGUGGCCCUGGCUGCCGAUUUUCUGCUGCAGAUCAGCGCGUUCGUUGCGCUGAUGGCACUGGAUGAGCGGCGCGUCGAGCAGGGGCGGCU